AUUAUUUUGCAAAUCGUCGAGGCGUAAAGAAUAGGGAAAACUUUCCACCUCUCGAUUCGUAGAAACCCUAGCAGCGUUUUCUUAAGACAGUAAACCCUUUUCGAUUUUGUGUUUGGAAAAUUAAUUUGUUACUUUUUAGCGAUCCUAUUGCUGUCUAAGAUUCCUAAAUCGAUUUUAAUUAAAAAACUGUGUGUGAAAAAACCCUAAUUUUCGAUUGAGUAGUUUUGAGAUUUGAGUCAGAUCAAAGAUACAGAGAGCAAUGUCACGGUGCUAUCCUUAUCCGCCUCCUGGGUACCUGAGGAACGGAGCGCGUGGUGAGGCCGUGAGCGAAACCGUUAAGGUUGCCGCGAGCCAAUCCAUUAAGUUCCAGAGGGACUUGAAGGACGAUAAACCAUUAACUGAUAAACAUAAAAAGAAAGACAAAAAAGAGAAGAGGUCUAAGAAAGAAAAGAAGAAAGCUAGUUCUUUGGCUACAGACAACAAACUAGGGAAGAGUCUUUUGAAGGGGAAGGAUGAUGAAGAAGCUGAAAGAAGUAGCUUGACUGAGGAACAUGGGCAACCAGUCUCUCAUCAUCAGAGUCUUUCAUCUGAUAGUACUCGGAGUAGCAAUAAGAGAAAAAGUGACUAUGUCGUGCAUUCUGCUUCUAAUGCCACCAAAAAUAAUGGGAAUGUCAUUCGAAUUCGGUUGGCCUUGCAAAGGCACACGGAGCCAAAUUUAUCUGCUAAUGUUGAGCAUUUGUGUUCAACCUCUGGAAGAACCAGUCUUCUUCCGGAGAAGAAGCAAGUCGUGGCCAUUUCUAGACAAGAUCACGGUAGCACUAUCGAUUCUAUGGCGGUAGACAAAGCCAAUCCAGUACCCUUUAAAUCAAUUUCUGAUGCAGGUUCUGAAAAGAAAGAAAAAUCUUCGCGGCACCACAUUUCCAGAACUGAGAAGAAGCUAUUAAAAGCAGAAGCUUUAUACAAAACGUUGUUUGGGGAUUGGACUGCACCAGCUAUUGAUUAUGAUCAAAAUAACUGUGAUGAUCAAAGUUGGCUUUCUGGCACGAAAACGCAAGAUAUUCAUCGUGACAAGAGAAUCAAAAUUUCUCACCAUGACGAACCAUGCCAUGAAGCAUCUUCCUUUUGGCCCUGUGCCCGAAAUCUACCACAGGCUGAUAUCUAUGCGUUACCCUAUACUGUUCCAUUCUAAUGCUUUAUUGUUAGGCUGUCUGGCCUUUUCAACUAAUUUUGCCGGAUUGUUCUAUAUGGUGCAGUUAUAUUUUUUCCACUUCAUUGCACCUUGACAAAAUGUAGGGGAUGAAGGCAAUAUUGUACAGUAAAAAAUCAAUAUAUCUAAUGCAAUUCUUUUUGAA